CGAUAGCAAAUAGAUUCCAAAAAUUUGUGUACGUACCGAAUCAAUGCGAACCAUCGAAACAACGUUAGGGACCAUUUGAUAGCUCUCCGUCACCAAAAUCACCACUUGUUAAAUUUAAUCAACAUCUAAACCGACAUAGCUCCGAAGUUUUGGUAGCGUUGAACGUGACAAGCUAAUCUCAUACAAUGUGCGGACCAACUAAAAUUGCAUCGAAGACAACAGCCAACACAAGAACGGAGUCCGGCCUCUUUUUGUUUUCUCUCGAAUCUUACAAUGGCGAUGGCGGCCUUCCGAACAACAAAUCCCAGUUCUUCACUGUGACAGGACUUGUGMUUCUUUUGGUGGCAAUCGAGUUGUCWAUGCGUCAACUUUUUAACUUCAUCAAGGUAAAUAYCUGAGAUUCACGAUACAGCAAACGAAUGCACCCAAUUCGGUUCGUUUCGAUUCACCCUUUGUUUCGAUGCUGCUAUUUCUUUUCGCAAAGGACAUGCACCCAAUAUUGGAGGACGAGAUCAGUCGGAACAUAUUAGCGCGGCAUAUCGGUGUAGAYUCUUUCGGCUGUUUCAUAGUUGCCUUUCUGGGAUUGAAGGCGCGKUAUGUGCUGAAAGACGUGAUUGACGCCACUAUUGGGGGCAAACCAAAUGCAAUGYCGGCAKCCUACGAAGGUAGGAUGUUUACUUACCUACCGGAGGGCCAACGGGUCUGUUUGUUUUUCCUUGCAUAUCAACUAAAGAAUACUUACGACAGCAUUGUAUGGAACGAUGGCAUGAUUUUCCUUAUCCACCAUGUCUUAACAUUGUUUACCAUUGUGAGUUUUAUGAAAUUGCCCUGAAUCCUAUGAAUAAGAUUAAUAAUAGCAAUGGCAAAUMAGCACUAACCCAUUUUUUUCUAAGUGGGGCGGAAUUCAAGGAAAUGCUCAUUUUUAUGCGCUGUAUUUCUUCGGAAUUUCUGAGAUCUCAACUGGAGGUGAGUUGUGUCGGGUGGUCAUACUUUCCGUCUCACUUCUUUUCCCGUACUAACAUUCUUAAUGAACAUUUUGAAAAGUUUUAUGUUUGCUUGCAAACUUUGAUGACGAAUUUGGAGUUGUCGGGCUCGCCGAUGCCUUUCCGUUGGUGAAGGCUGCCUUGGGAGGAAUUUUUGCGCUUAUGUUUGUCAUCUUCAGAGUCUUAGGUUGGUCUACCAUGAGUUACUACUUCUGUCGGGACGUAUGGAACGCUCUCAAAGGAUCCAACUCAAGAUUAGAAUUGCCAGGACACCGAAUCUGGUUCCGUUUCACACUCUUUUCUAAUGCGAUCUUAAGUUCGCUGCAAAUUAUUUGGUUAGCUGAAAUUGUACGAAUUGGGAAAGAAGAGCUUAAAAACAUGGGAUUGAUUUGAUUCGACAAAAUAUGAGUAUUGACUGGUUGUUUAUAGUAGUGAGAAGGCGAUGUUGGGUGAAAAUGUUAACCUUGGCAACAUUUUCGUAGCCAGUAGACGGCUUGAACUUGCAUUUUCAAAAUURUGAAGUCCGAAAACAUUUGAUGUAUAUUACGGAUUUGUUUGAGUGAACAAGAAUCUUCGUUGGAUAUUAUACCAAUUGCAGAAGUUCUUAACUUUGAGAAGAUGACGAAAUCUCAUGGAUGUUAGCCCGACGAAUGCGGAAAAUGGUUUUGUGAAAUUCUAUAUUUUUGCACACACAAGAAGUUGAACGUAUGGUGAUGGAUAUUUUAGGACAUAUUAAUUUCCCCGCAGGUACUUUUUACAAAUAACGAACAGUAGAUUGU